AAAAUUUAAAAAAAUAAGGAAUUCGAGCUUGAUGAAGUUCGGGAAGAGGAUUAAAGAACAGAUACAAGAGUCGUUGCCUGAGUGGCGAGACAAGUUUCUCCGUUACAAGGAACUCAAGAAUCUGAUCUCUUCUCCGGCUCCCCUUGAAUCUAUUUUUCUUGCUUUGUUGAACGCAGAGAUCGAUAAGUUUAAUGCUUUCUUCGUCGAACAAGAAGAAGAUUUCAUCAUCCACCACAAGGAAUUACAAUAUAGGAUUCAGAGAUUGGUUGAGAAAUGUGGAGACAAUAAUGAAAUGUUUAGAGAGGAGAUCGGAGAGAUCAGAAAGGAUAUUGUCAAUUUCCAUGGAGAAAUGGUUCUUCUAGUCAACUACAGUAACAUCAAUUACACUGGAUUAGCAAAGAUAUUAAAGAAGUACGACAAGAGAACACGAGGAGGAAUAAGAUCGCCCUUUAUUCAAAAGGUUCUUCAUCAACCUUUUUUCAAGACUGAUCUUGUUUCAAGACUGGUGAGAGAGUGGGAGACGACGAUGGACGCGGUGUUUCCAGCGACGGUGGCGGAGGCGGAGGGGUACGAGAGGUCUGCGGCGGUGACCUCGGCAGCGGCGGGAGAAGGUAUAUUUAGGAAUACGGUAGCGGCAUUGUUGACAAUGAGAGAGAUGAGAAGAGGGAGCUCGACUUAUAGUGCAUUCUCACUUCCGCCACUAAAUAUCUCCGACACCGAUCUUGUUCAGUUCUCUUCUCCCAUACCUAUUCUUUGAAGUUCCGACUUGUUGUCACUCUAUCAGCUGAAUUUGGAUUAUUGCGAUAUUUAUCCAUGAGCAGAUUAUUUUACUUUAUUAUACUACUUGUAGUUUUUUCGGCUAGUAAUUGGGCCAAUUGUUUCUAUAAUGGGCCGCAUCUAACAGACAGACCCAUA